AUGUCCUCCACGACCCGAAAAAUCACAGAUGUGUUGCCUCUAUCGACAACACCACAGCGCCACAUUCCGCAACUAGGCCUUGGAACUUACCUCUCGCCUCCAGAGCGCACCCUGAACUCAUGUCUCGCAGCUUUGAAAGCAGGAUAUCGCCAGGUCGACACUGGGCAAUAUUACGAGAAUGAGGCCGAGGUCGGACAGGCCAUUGAACAAUCUGGAAUUCCGCGUGGCGAAGUCUUUGUGACGACCAAGAUUCUCACGGCUGGUGCAUCCGUAGAGGAGAACUAUGAAUCGUGCAUUGCGAGCGCGAAGAAGCUUGGAGGCUAUGUUGAUUGUUUCUUGAUCCACUCGCCCAGUCCCGGACCGGAGAAAUUCGGACAAAUGUGGCUCGCAUUGGAGAAACUAUACCAUGAAGGAAAGGCAAAGUCCAUCGGUGUGAGCAAUUUCGGAAUUGGACAGAUCGAAGCGCUCAAGGGCGUGGGAAGUGUCUGGCCACCGCAUGUUCUGCAGAUUGAGCUUCACCCGUGGCUGCAGCAAAAGGAGGUUGUCCAGUACAGCCAAGAAAAGGGCAUUGUCGUUCAGGCCUACUGUCCGAUCGCCCGCAACCAGAAAGCCGAUGAUGAACAGCUUGUAUCAAUUGCUAAGAAACAUAACACCACACCCAACCAGGUGUUGAUCAGGUGGAGCAUUCAGAAGGGCUGGGUGAGCCUUCCGAAGAGCGAUUCGCCUGAGCGCAUACGUUCAAACGCCGAUGUCUUCAGUUUCGAGCUCGAUGACAAGGACAUGGCUCUUCUAAAUAACCGUGAUGAAGGGCCGAAGGGUGCGCUGGUCAUGGCUGUAAAUAAUGACAAGGUACGAUAA